AUGGUUUAUGACCGCUUUGUGGCCAUCUGCAGACCCCUGCACUACGGGACCCUCAUGGGCAGCAGAGUCUGUGUCAAAAUGGCAGCAGCUGCCUGGGCCAGUGGUUUUCUCUAUGCUUUCCUACACACUGCCAACACAUUUUCCAUACCCCUCUGCCAAAGUAAUACAGCGGACCAGUUCUUCUGUGAGAUUCCCCAGGUCCUCAAGCUCUCCUGCUCACACUCCUACCUCAGGGAAGUUGGGGUUACUGUGGUUAGUUCCUGUUUAUUCUUUGGGUGUUUUGUUUUCAUUGUGCUGUCCUACGUGCAGAUACUCACUGCUGUGCUGAGGAUCCCCUCUGAGCAGGGCCAGCACAAAGCCUUUUCCAUGUGCCUCCCUCACCUGGCCAUGGUCUCCCUGUUUGUCAGUACUGGCACGUUUGCCUGCCUGAAGCCCCCUUCCCUCUUCUCCCCAUCUCUGGAUCUGGUGGUGGCUGUUCUGUAUGUGGUAGUGCCUCCAGCAGUGAACACCCUCAUUUACAGCAUGAGGAACAAGGAGGUGAAACAGGCCAUGACGAAACUGAUCCAAUGGGUCCAAUGUCAUCACUAA